AUGUUUCGGUGCCUUCAGAGAGAGGUUUUUACGGGUCGGCACCAGCACCCCGGCCGCAGGGAGAGGCGGGCACGCGGAGGCCCGGGUGCCACCGGCCGGCCUCCAGCUCGGGGUCUGGCCUCGGCCCGCCAAGGGCUGAGGGGACCCCGGGCUGCCAGAGAAGCCAGCACCCCGGGAAGCUGCCCGCGCCCGGGGGCGGCUGCCGCCCUGGAAGCAGCUCGGCUGAGCCUUGGGGGCAGCGUGGAAAAAUCACGUGGGACCCCGGGACCCCGGUGUCCCAGACAGACAGGGCUCGAGGGAAGAAGCAGCGGGGGCGCGAGCGGGGCAGGAGGAAGCGCACGCCGCACGCGGGAGAACUGGGGCCGCCCGCACCCGGAGCCGGAGUCCCGCACGGGGCGGCUGGUCUGCGGCGGAAUAGACAGAGCACCGCCUGUCAGCGUGGCCGCCGGGCGCGCCGCCACCACCCAGAGGCCCUCGCCGCGCAGGGGACGCCCGGCCCGCCCCACCGCCGCCCGCCGGGCCCGAAGCCAGGAGCGCGCGGCGCACGCAGCCUCCGACCUGGUGCUGACCAGCGGGCCUGGCCCCAGGUGCCCGGUGACCCCGAGCGCCUCCGCCGCCACGCCCCUCCGCCGCCACGCCCCUCCGCCGCCACGCCCCUCCGCCGCCACGCCCCUCCGCCGCCACGCCCCCCCGCCGCCACGCCCCCCCGCCGCCACGCCCCCCCGCCGCCACGCCCCUCCGCCGCCACGCCCCUCCACCGCCACGCCCCCCCGCCGCCACACCCCUCUGCCACCACGCCCCUCCGCCGCCACGCCCCUCCGCCGCCACGCCCCUCCGCCGCCACGCCCCUCCGCCGCCACGCCCCUCCGCCGCCACGCCCCCUCCGCCGCCACGCCCCCCACCGCCACGCCCCCCACCGCCAGGCCCCUAAACCGCCACGCCCCUCCGCCGCCACGCCCCUCCGCCGCCACGCCCCCCACCGCCACGCCCCUAAACCGCCACGCCCCCUCCGCAGCCACGCCCCUCCGCCGCCACGCCCCUCCGCCGCCACGCCCCCCCCCGCCACGCCACACAGCCACGCCCCUCCGCCGCCACGCCCCUCUGCCGCCACGCCCCUCCGCCACCACGCCCCACAGCCACGCCCCACAGCCACGCCCCACAGCCACGCCCCACAGCCACGCCCCUCCGCCGCCACGCCCCCCGCCGCCACGCCCCUCCGCCACCACACCCCUCCCUCUGGACCGUGGCCGCUUGGGCCUGGAAAGCGAGCCACCCGCAGGGACAGCCACUGGCCCCGAGCAGAGAUCCCGAGCGGAGGCCCUAGAAGAAAACACACGGCCACCGCCACGGCGUCAGGACCCCGCCGGGGACGCGAGCCCAGGCCCGGCGGCGGCUGACGGGCACAGCGCGGGCUCCGCGGGUCCCCUGCUCCACGGGAGCCGGCACGGUUUGUUUUCUGAGCAAGGAAAGACUUCAGCGUGGAAUGGGAACCGGAACAGCAUCCAUGGGUUAGCCCACCCGCCUUCCACAACCUCUAAGUUUCCAUCCACGCCAUCCCCAGAAGCGGGCCUCGCAGAGACGUUUCCAGCCCCGCUGGUUUAUGAAUUCGUGUCCCGGUCAUUCGACUUCACCAGCCCCUCAGGCACCGUGGCACUGGUGAGUCGCCCCUGCCCUCCCCAUCCAACCGCACCGUACCCAACCUGCAUCCCCACCAAGAUGCUCAGGCAGGUGGCGGAUGCUGCAAGCCUUCCGAUUGGCAAGCCGAGUGCUCGCUCCUCUUUGCCUGGGAUUUCCUCGAGCCACGGUGCUCCAGAUGUCAUCCUCCUGAAUAGCAUGGGUUGCAGAUGCCUUGAGGAAAAGACCAAGGGCUUCCGCAUCCAGCCACCAGUGUCCAUCCCGCUCCUCGGCCCCCACUGCGCCAGCUCAGCCCUCCUCCGCCCUCCUCCUCCUGCAAGCCCCGCAGAGCCUGCAGCCCCCACAGACGUUCUCACCAGAGGGGCUUCUCCUCACUCCGCCAUGGAGGACCCGCCAGUGCAGGGCGAGGACCCUGAGCGGAUCCCGAAGCCGCUGUGCGGGGACCGGGAGCCCAGCCAGGUGCGUGGCAUGGGAGAAUUUCCGGGCCCUCGGUUCUCAGAGCGAGGCUACGGGAACUGCCUCACACUGACAGGGGAUCCAAGAGAAGCCACGCUUCCCACAGCAGCCGACGAGGGACCCCCAGCCCACCUGGCCGAGCUGGGGCUCAAGUGUGGGUUGGGGAGUGUUGGGGAUUCAGUUUAG